AUGGUUAGGGAUGUGACUCGGAGAGAAGAUGUGGAGAAGGCACUAGACGGUGCAGACUGCGUUUUGCAUCUUGCUUCCUAUGGAAUGUCAGGGAAGGAGAUGCUACAGUUCGGGCGUUGCGACGAGGUUAACAUAAACGGGACCUGUAACGUCUUGGAAGCUGUGUUCAAGCACGAGAUCACAAGGCUCGUCUAUGUAAGCACUUACAACGUUGUGUUUGGUGGUAAGGAGAUUAGUAAUGGCAAUGAGAGGUUGCCGUAUUUCCCUCUUGAUGAUCAUGUCGACGCCUAUGGUCGAAGCAAAUCGAUUGCAGAACAGUUGGUCCUCAAGAGUAAUGGUCGACCGUUUAAGAAUGGUGGCAAGAAGUUGUACACUUGUGCAAUCCGUCCAGCAGCUAUCUAUGGACCUGGCGAAGACAGACAUCUUCCUAGGAUUGUUAAUCUUGCGAAGAUGGGUUUGCUUCUGUUCAAAACAGGUGAAUCUAGUGUCAAAACAGACUGGAUCUAUGUUGAGAAUCUUGUCCUAGCAAUCAUCUUGGCAAGCAUGGGACUCUUGGACGACAUUCCUGGAAGAGAAGGAGAUCCCGUCGCUGCUGGCCAACCGUAUUUCGUCUCUGAUGGUUCCCCGGUGAAUACAUUCGAGUUUCUACGCCCUUUUCUAAGAAGUUUAGACUACGACCUGCCCAAGUUUACAAUAUCUGUACCUGUUGCGCUGACCUUGGGUAAGAUCUUCCAAGGUUUCUACACUGUGCUAUAUCCAUGGCUAUCAAAGAGCUGGCUACCACAGCCUCUUAUACUUCCUGCUGAAGUCUACAAGGUCGGUGUUACACAUUAUUUCUCAUACCUCAAGGCCAAGGAAGAGCUUGGGUAUGUUCCAUUUAAGAGCUCCAGGGAAGGUAUGGCUGCGACAAUCUCAUACUGGCAGGAGAGGAAACGGAGAUCUUUAGAUGGUCCAACCAUCUUCACUUGGUUAGCUGUUGCAGUAGGAAUGUUGGCGCUUUUCGCUGCGGGAUGGUUACCCGAAAUAGGACCUGUGCCAUUCUUAAGAGCCCUAAGCCUCUUCUUCUUCCGGACUAUGACGAUUGUAAAAGGUGUCUUCAUCGCAUCAGUGGUGGCACAUGUUGCAGAAGGAAUGUAUGCUUGGUCUCUUGCUAAACGAGUCGACCCGGGCAAUGCUAUGGGUUGGUUCUGGCAAACCAGCGCUCUUGGGUUUUUCUCAUUGCGGUUUUUGUUGAAGAGAGCCAGGGAACACCAGGCUCUAAAUUAA